AUGCCCUGGCAGAGGCAGAAAUACAACCUACUCCCUAGCAUCGAAGACAAACAGAUAUCAGACACAAGGUUAGAAAGUCCAGUUGAUGAAAGGGUUGAAACGGCGCCACUAAAACACCCAAGGGCGUCUACUCAGAGUUUCUGGAUGAUCUUAUCAGGGUCGGUGUUGCUGACCCUGACAGUCAUCGCCUUGACCAGCUUUAUAGUAUUCAAAUACGCCGUCAGCAGGGCAAUCACAAAACCCACAGUCGACCAAUGUGGAAGCACACCUGCGGAGGCACGCAAUCUCGGCUGCAUUUUCGAGACUACUCUCUCCCUCUGGGUGCCUCCGGAGUGCUACGACUUCGAGCUGGAGACAACAUACCUCCAGCAACCAGGCCUCAAGUUCUACCGCGAUGUGAAUCUGACGGAGGAAGUGUCAUUGCGUGAGGUCAAGACCGGCGAGUCGAUUGGAUGGUUUGUGCCGUGGGAUCACCAUGUGCGGCACUGCUCGUUUGCAUUCCGCAAGCUCCAUCGUGCUGCGGCAUAUGGGAAAAAGAUUGACGGAUAUGUGCUUCAGUAUGCUCAUACUGAGCAUUGUUUGAAGAUGAUGACGGAGCCAGAGGACUGGAGAUCAAGUAUCACUCAAUUUGAUAUGCGGAUGUUUCCCUACUGCGGCAAGGAGGGUGGCUUCAAUGUCAACAGUCAGCAUAGAGGUGAAUGGACAGGGUAG